AUGGAGCGGCUCGCAAAUCUUGAUGCCAAUGGCCUGGCAAAGCUGUUGCGAAAAAAAUUGAAUUCAGAGCUCAUCUCUAAGUUAAAAGCACAAAAGGUGACAGGGGCUAUAUUUGCCAAGUUGACUGGCCCUAACCUGUUGCUCUUUGGCUUCUCACUGGGUGAAGUUACUGAUGUAACUAACCUUUUGGAUGAUAUUCGUGAAGGCAGAGAGGUUCUUGCUGAAAGUGAUGAUGAAUCGUCAUCAGAGGACGGAGAUGUUGAAUCCAUGGAGCGAUCACUUAUGGAAUACAUUGCUGAUGAUCAGGAAGAAUUUGUAAAGAAACAAUCGCUGUAUUGGAAAAUGAAUAUGUGUCAACGCUUGGAAGCGUGGAAAGAAGCUUCUAGCCGAAAUUUACCUUGUGCAUCUGCACCAACAUUAGGAGGAUGCAAGUUGAAGGAUCCACUUCCGCUGCCAACACGAAAUGUUUCUGAUCAGACUCCUACUCCAAUGCGUUUUACUUCUAACCGGUCUUUGCGGUCAACAACAAAUGAACGAAUCAAGAUUACAGCUCCAUCUGAAACUGUCGUUUCAAUGCGUCGCUCAGCUCAAGCUAGAGCUCAACCCUCAGCACAUCAGUCCUUCGAGUUUGGACGCAGGGUUCUUCCUGAAUCAGUUCCACUCAGCAGAGAUACCCAGUUUCAAGAACCAUCAAUACUACAAAUUGAUGGAGAUCAAGAAGAGUUUGAAACUCCCAUCAACAAUAAUCUUAACAAUUUGGGUACUGAUGAUUCUGACUCUGAUAACUUGGACGACAAUGAAGUGGGCCAACAGUUUCUGAAGGAUAAAGAAAACAUGGUAAAACCAACAUUUCCAUUGAAGUCUGCUGAAGAGUUGCUGUCUAUUGAACCUCAUCUUCCCUCUUUUGAUGUUGAAGGUAUCUUGCUAGCUGAUGAUAAAGCCAAAAAGUUGGUGCCAUAUCUUAAAGAUGGAUACUUACUUCCCUCGAGAUUAAGGAAGUUGGUUUAUAGAACCCUAAUGAGGCAUUUGUACAACAAUCAUGUUGGGCAUGUUAAGGAUGUUACAUCACAGAUGAAACAUGGAAUGGCCAAGAGUAUUGUUACUACCUACACACAGUAUCAAAGCUCAGUAACAAUUGGCAAGGCUACACCUUGGGCUCAUCUGUUUUUUCCCUCAAAGAACAGUGGACAAUUGGCCAAUAUCAUGAAGCGGGCUCAGACUGCCUUACCACUAAAGGAGAGAUCCAGGAAGGGGAAAAUAAAGAAACCUGUUAAGAAGAAACCUGCUACUUCUGACAUAAAUAUUCAGGCUUUGGCUGUCUUGAUGCCAGACAGACAACACAGAGAAGAAAUUUUUGAUGGAAUGCAAAGAACUUUUGGAUUGCGAUGUGAUGCUAGGGAUAAGGGCCUAAGCAUCACUGAGCUUAUUAACCAAUACCCUCACUUUCUAAAUUAUUCGGGAGAGUUGAUUUCAACGGAGUUUCGACUGCUGCACCCAAAUGCAAAGGACAUGUGUCUUGAAAUGAUUCCUAUCAUUCCAAAAGUUGUAGAGAAGUGGAAUAAUGCUAGAGUCAACCCAAAAUUUGAUGACUCAACAAUGAGGGCAUUUCUAAUUCUAGCAAGCCGUCUUCCUCAUGCUAUUCAGAGAAACAUGGGCACUGCGUUUCCUCAAGAAGAGGAAAUAUUAGUAGUUGUAAAUCGCGGUAUUGACCUUGAGCAAUUUGUAGUAGACAGAAGAAAUGAAGCAAAAAAGCCAGUGCAGCCGUACCUUUUGGGUGUGAGGGGUGCUCUAGUCCUAACAGAACUGUUAAAAACAUUUCUUGUGCUUGACAAUACUUGUUUAAUUGAAUUACCUAGACUGCCUUCAAUAAGGGGUAUUGAUAUUCUUUUUAAGAGUUAUAUAGUUUUUAAUGUUCAUUAUCCACAGUCCUGGAAAAACUUUUUCAGGUUUAUUCAGACUUGUUUUUACAAGAUCUUGUGCAGUGAGGAUGCUUGUGUGCCCCCCUCUUGCAUAGAGUUAUAUGGUCUGGCCUGUGGCCUUUAAGUAAUUAUAAAUCUCAAUAUUUUUUCCAAUCAAUUCAAUUUGUAUCUUUUCUUGUUAUCUGAUGAUCUCAGAAAUGUAACUUUAUAUGUGAAUAACAAUAAUUAAUUAAUUUUUUGUUUUGUUGCUACUUUGUUUAUGAAGCUGCAAUAAUGCUU